AUGAAAGAAUUCACCGAAAUCACGCUUUGCCCUGCGGCUCUGGACCACAGCAAGACCGAGUUCUGCAACCCUGUCUUUGAGGGUGAGGAGCCUCGAGCAGUGCCAAGCGCCGAGCACCUGCCAGACAAGGAUGGGACCAGCCCCGCAUCGCCCCGUGAUGGCCUCGGCCAGCAGCUCUGGGGCCAGGCAGGCUGGCGGUACCGUGCUGACUGCAAAUUCACUUGGCUCUGUGUGGCUCUGAUGAGUGUUGUCCUCCUCUUCCUCAUCGCCCUCCUGCUGGGAAUCGUCAUCCACCCCUGUGGCGGGACCCUGCAGGGCCCUGAGGGCUCCUUCAGCUCUCCCAACUCCCCCGGCCCCUACCCCCCCGAUGCACUCUGCAUCUGGCACAUUGAGGUGGGCCCCGGCCUCCCCAUCCAGCUGAAGAUGGAGACAUUCAACGUGGAGGGCACUGCCUCCUGCCUCUUCGACCGUGUGGAGCUCUACGAGGAGCAGGGGGCCAGCAGCAUGGAUCCUGCCCCAGCUCGGGGGGGCUUGACCAG